AUGGAACAAGAAAUUAAGUCACUUAUAUUUUUAAAAAUUGCUACUUUAAUCCUUUUAACUUGGAUAAGUAAUUUUAUCUGUUUUGACAGUACGUUUAAUAAAUUACUAGAUGAAAAAUAUAAUCACUGUAGAAUAUUUUCUGGGAGAACAUAUCGAUUACUAGAAAGUUGUGUACAAAACGAGUAUUCAAAUAUCACAGGUUUAAAUGAAGAGGUAACCAACAAUGGAAAGUUUCUCACAAAAGAUAUAUAUAAUAAUGAAAAAGAUGUCAAAGUAAUAAAGAAACCAUUCAGUAGAAGUUCGUUAAAUAAGACAGGAUUCUAUGCAGAAGUGAUAGAUUAUGAUAAUGCAAUGUUUGAUGGAAAACAUUUACAUUAUGAAAAAAAAUGGAUCGAAAAAAAAAAUUAUGAUAAUUUUGUUAAAAGGGACAGGAAAGUUAGAUAUAUGGCCUUACUAAAAUUAAAGUAUAAAGGAUAUGGAUUAAUUAUUGCUUUAUUUUUUUUUUUUCUAUUGUUUGGAAUAGGAUUGCCAACAAUACAGUAUACAGGGUUUUUCAAAACUAUAGGAAAAUUUUGGAAAGAAACUUUAGGUUUUCCAGGUAUAGAACAUUGGGAAGAUGCAAUAUAUGACACAUUUUCUCAAGAAAUAAUAAAUAAUUUUUUUCUAAUAUCCUAUGUGAUUUCUAUAGUUCUGCUAGUUGCAGUAAUUGUAAUAUUGGUUCCUAAAAUAUUCAUAAAUAAUGAAAAAUAUAAGAAACUUAAGUUGAGGAAGGAGCAUUAUGGGUGA